UCACGCACACCCACUGCACUCGCACACCACCUGUAAAUAAUGCUUUGUAUGUCCGUGCAGCUACAUUGGAGGGUACGGUGAUGGAAACACGUCUGGCUACGAAAACACCGGAGCAUUGUACGCAGGAAAAUUCGGGUCUGCUGCAGGCGGUGGCUAUGCUGGAGCCGGUGCGGGGGUGGAAGCAGGCGUCCACGGAGGAGCAGGAGCGCAGGCUGGAGGAGACUACAGCAGUUCGGUGACUGUCAGGAAACAAGUCAAUCCGCAAGUGAUUAAUGAUGCUUUCAAUAUCCCGAUAUCGACGUUAGGAGCAGUAAAUAAGCUGGUGAGCGGCAUCGCUUCAGGAACCAGUGGAUCAGUUUCCAUCCAGAAAAAUGUCUCCGUCUCGAAGUCGGUGGACGCGUAGUUUAUAGCACCUCCAAACAUCACUUAUAUGUGUUAAAAUGCUCAAAUGUUGAAACUGACCAUUGAUACUCUUGUACAUGACAAAUAAAUAAUUUUUUUAUUUUUGAAAGUUUGGUUAA